CAUAAAUUUCUCAUCAGUGUAGUUUAAUUACUGAAUUGAAUUAACAAAAUUAAACUAAACAACAGAUAGUUUAUAACCAUUCUAGGGUAAAAAAGCUCAACAAUGCCUAUCGAUAACGAUACCCAGGAACCAGAGACGCCGGCGACGCAAAGGCUAACCAACGAUGAUUUCCGUAAGCUACUAAUGACCCCAAGAGCACCACCCGGAGGCGGACAUGCCACAGGAACCAUUCGGGAUGCCAUGUCGAAGGCUACCCCAGGGACCGCUUCGACUGGCCCAUCUUCAUCAUCAUUAUUAUCAUCGUCAUCGUCGGCGUCGUCGUCGUCAAUGAAACCCCCAUCUUCGGAAAGGCAUGAGGCCCGUCGAAAGAAGAAGAACUUUUAUGCACAACUAAAGAAACAGGAAGAUAAUAAAUUGGCCGAGCUAGCUGAAAAGUAUCGUGAUCGAGCUCGAGAACGGCGGGAUGGAGCCAACCCAGACUACCAAAAUCUCGACUCCUCCAAUUCAACAAGCGCAUACAGAGCUGUAGCACCCGAUGCAAAAUCAGGAAUGGAUGCUGCUGAGCGACGCAGGCAGCAAAUACAAGAAUCUAAGUUCUUGGGUGGUGACAUGGAACAUACCCACUUGGUGAAAGGUUUAGAUUAUGCUUUGCUGCAAAAGGUUCGAAGUGAAAUUAUUGCCAAAGAACAGGAACAAGAGGACGAAAUGGAGAAACUAGCAGAAAUGGACCCUUCCCAAUUGGCUACAGCUACAGUCCCGGUUCAAAAAGCUGCAAAUGCUGCAGAGAAAGACCAGCCCAAUACGGGCGAGCUAGAAUUUCGAACUGUUAUCGGUCAGAAUAUAUUUAGAAUUCUCGAAAAACAACGUUCGCGUACGAUCGAACGUAAUGAUAUGUUUGCUCCUGGUCGCACGGCUUAUCACAUCGAGUUGGAGGAUGAAAAUGCUGAUUCAGAUAUACCAACCACCGUUAUUCGUUCGAAAGCAGAGGUGCCAUUGGAGGUUGGCGAUACACAAACUCUCACCACGAACGACAUUGUUAUUAAUAAGUUAGCGCAAAUUCUAUCUUAUUUGCGCCAGGGUGGCAGGGGUAAGAAAAACAAGCGUCGAGAUAAGGACAAGCCUCUUUUCAAAUUUCCAGAAGAACCGGGUGACAAAGGGUUGGUGGAUGAUUCAAUAUACGGCGAAAUUGGCGACUACCAACCAAAUCGUCGAUACGAGGACGUGGCUGGGUCUUCGAAGCUUGAAGGAAACAUCGGCAAGCACAGCUACUUCGAGAAGUACAAUGAAGAACAUAAAGUGGAAGAAUGUGAUACAUCGAGCAUGCCACCUGUUCCAGCACCACCAAGAUUAUCCGCCCACCUGAUCACCAAGUUGACGGCCGAACCAGAAGGAUACGCUGAGUGUUAUCCUGGAUUACAGGAGAUGAACGAUGCUAUCGACGAUUCUGACGAUGAGGUCGACUACACAAAAAUGGAUCUGGGUAACAAAAAGGGUCCCAUCGGAAGGUGGGACUUUGACACACAGGAGGAGUAUUCGGAUUACAUGAGCAGCAAGGAAGCGCUACCGAAGGCUGCAUUCCAGUACGGUGUAAAAAUGCAGGACGGUCGGAAAACACGCAAACAUAAGACGGAGAAAAAUGAAAAGGCAGAGCUGGAUCGCGAGUGGCAGCAGAUUCAAAACAUCAUCCAAAAGCGUAAAACAAAAUCGGGAAUCGAUGACGAGGUUGAUUUGAAAAAACAAAAAUAUUAAACCUACUGAAGUAAUAACUGUAAAAUUUAUUCUGUAUACAUUUCUAUAAUUUUUCUUUUUUAACAAUGUAUAAGUACGAAAAAGUUAAAAAUAAAACAUUGCUUUGUGUUUGCAAAUGGGUACAUCGUUUGUGCG